AUGGUCAAGAGGGCCGAGUCGUCCGACUCGAGGGACGGGAGUGAUGUGAAGACUAAGCCACGGAGCGCUUCAGGGACUAAGCCGCCGGCGGAGGGCAAACUUGUCUCGGCGGGCAAGAAGAGGACGAGGACGGGAUGCUUGAAUUGCAGGAGGAAGCGAAGGAAGUGCGACGAGACGAAGCCGACAUGCGAAGGCUGCCAGGCACGCAAUGAGACGUGCGAAUGGGGUCUGAAGUUGUCUUUCCGGCCGGAGAAUGCUCAACAUAUGAGUGACGAGCAUCCUUCGAUGCGACAGGCUGCUGGACAUACUCGUGGUAACAGCUACCAGAUCGUCGACGUUACCUCGGAAGUGAUACGAGACUAUUUCGAGGAAACCAAUCCUAUGGAGAAUGGAUUACCAGUCCAGUCUGCCGGACGAUACGCCAUCGAAUAUAACUCGCUGCUGGACGAGCUGUUCCCGACUACCAGCCACACCAGCCACGCAGAGCCGAAGCGGGAGAGGCAUGCAAGUAUUGCUUCGAUUGAGACGGCGUCUACGGCCAUGCCGAAGCCUCCACUACCACAUCUCACAAGCUCUGUACCACUAUUCAGCCAAACUCUCUCCCAGUCAUCGGGCGUCACGCCGCUCGCGACGCCAUCGAUACUGGAUAGUAACAUUGCAUCAUUAUUUCCAGAACCGCCUUCGCACUCGUUGGGGCUCACACCACUAGCUACACCAUCGCUCCUCGACGCUAACGGCUUCUCUUUCCUGUCUCCACAAUACAGCGAUACUACACUCGAGGAUGGGAUCUUCUUGCCUGGUUCACAGUACCAAGAACUACACUCGCAGCUGCGUACGCGCAUCAUUGACACCGCUCGCUCAACAGCACCUUCCAGGAUCGCCUCUCCAGAAAUCGACCUACCUCCGACUACAAAUGGUGAUCAUAGCACGCAGGACGAUGGUUAUGAUAGCGAGUGGCGACGGCUUGCGCAACUAUCCCCAGAGCAGGAAUUAAUCCUAAUACAGAAUUAUAUCAACGAAGUAGCGCCCUGGUUAGACAAAUUCGAUCUCAAUCGACAUAUGGAGCUCCGAGUCCCGCCGCUAGCGAAAUCACACGCGCAUCUAAAGUACUCUAUCCUAGCACUGUCUGCACGGCAGAUAGAGCGCAAAGAGCAGAAGCCGGAUUACUCAUGGAGUCUAGCUCUAUAUGCGCACGCUAUCCACUUGCUCUCGCCCGUCCUACACAAACGAUCUACGGAAGUCCUGGCUUCAUGCGUUAUCCUGGCUGUGCUGGAAAUGAUGAGUUGUUCUCCACGAGCGUGGCGACGCCAUCUCGAUGGCUGCGCAGCCCUGAUCCAAGCCCUUGGCAUAUCAGGCGCAUGCGGAGGUUUCGAGCAAGCUUUAUUCUGGAUCUUCGCACGUAUGGAUGUCGUCGGUGGACUGGUAUCGUCCGAAAAGACUCUGAUUCCCAUGCACAAUUGGAUGUGCGGCGGCGACAUCACUACAGAUAUGGCAAUGUUCUCUGCGCAGAACACGGCUGAUAUGUAUGCGAAUCAAAUGGAAUACUUGUCUGGCAGGACGAUUGAGCUACUAUGCUCAUCAGGCAAGUGGGAGCAGAAACGAUGCAAGCGGAGUAACCUUCUGGACAUGGUCGACUACACAAGCGAAUGGUCGCAGCUCUUCGAGAUGGUGGAGUCAUGGUAUCGGGACAGACCGGAGGGCAUGAAAGCACUACUAUCGAUAUCAUCUUACGAAGAUCCGAGCAAACCAUUUCCGACUCUCUAUUUCGGCAACGGUCCCGCCGUCUCAGGGAAUCAGAUGUACCACACGACUGCUUUGCUGAUGCUGAAGCACAAACCAGCACAUGUGACCUUCUCCCGGAAGCCGCAUUCCAUGCUCUGGCAUGCGAGACAGAUCUGUGCGAUCUCGAUCUCGAACUCACAUCAUGGUUCAUGGACGAAUAGUACGCAGCCUUUGUGGAUUGCUGGACAGCAGAUGAGCCAUCCAAGCGAGCAUAAAGCAAUCUUGGAGAUUCUGGAGCGCAUCGAAAGGGAGAGUGGAUGGGCUAGUAAAUGGCGAGCUGAUGAUCUAAGAGAUUACUGGGGUCACGACGUUGAAGUCUAG